AUGUGGGUUCAAGUUACAGCUCUUUCUUUAAUUCUCUCCUAUCUCCUCAUCAGCAUUACUCUUAUUGAGGCUCUCCUAAUAAGUUUUGACAUUGGUAAUUUCUCUAUGAAUAGCGAAUAUGGUAAAAACCGGGACCUUAUUCUUGCUUCUCUCCCAUCUAAUGUCUCUACUAAAGGUGGUUUUCUUACUACCAGUAUUGGCCAAAACUCCAACAAAGUUUACACUCUUGCUAUAUGCAGAGGAGACUCUAGUCCAUACGCUUGUUAUGAAUGUAUCUAUCGCUCAAUCCACAAUCUCGUCACUAGCUGUCCCAACCAGAAAGAAGCCCUUUCAUAUGCGAGGAGUCUAUGUCAUGUACACUAUUCAGAUCGCUCGUUUUAUGGAACCCUGGAGCUAGAACCCGUAAGGCAGGCUCUAAUAAUGACGACAUCACGUCGAACUUAA